UUGAGCAGCAGGCUAAACGCAUGCCUUGUGCGUUUAUGCAAACAGCAUUUUGAUUACUAAAAUUGCGUUGCCUUAAUACAUUUUCUUAGACAGAAAACGUAGGCUAUCUUUUGUUUGGCGCACUGCAUCGACUUUUUUCCCUCUUGGUGACGUCAUCUGCGAUGUAAAGAUGAAGUUUCCUUUUCUCUCUGUAAUUAGAGGCUCUAAGAUCAUUCAUAGAUUCCACAGGAAAGUUGAUCUGUUUCCUCUCCAGAGACCGUGGAGCUCUGCUGUGAAUCACGGCAGCGACCAGCUUUGCAAAGAAAACUCCAGUUUCUACAUAACAACCCCCAUCUUUUAUGUGAACGCUGCUCCUCAUCUCGGACACCUAUACUCAGCAGUCAUAGCUGACUGUUUACACAGGUGGAAACUCUUGCAGGGCUUUGACUCCAGGUUUGCCACAGGAACGGACGAGCAUGGCUUGAAAAUCCAGCAAGCAGCGGAAGCUGCAAGUAAAGCCCCCCUGACCUUCUGCACUGAAGUUUCUGAGCGCUUCAGAAAUCUCUUCAGCAGCUGCAACAUUUCCUUCACCGACUACAUCAGAACCACAGAACAGAGACACCGUCGCGCUGUGGAGCAUUUCUGGUCAGUGCUCUGGAACAAAGGGCUUAUCUACAAAGGAAGCUAUGAGGGCUGGUACUCCACACAAGAUGAAAGCUUCCUCACGCCGUCGCAGGUCGGUGAUGCUCUGGACCCAUCGGGGAAGGAGGUCAAAGUGUCACUCGAGAGUGGACACAAGGUCGAAUGGAUGAAGGAGGAGAACUACAUGUUCCGUCUGUCCGUGUUUCGGCCAUUCCUCCUCGACUGGUUGGUGAAAAAUCCCGGAGCGGUCCAGCCAGAGCGCUUCCAUCAGACCGUUCUGCACUGGCUGCAGGAAGACCUGCCAGAUCUUUCCGUGUCCCGCCAGAGAAGCCGUCUCCAGUGGGGCAUCCCAGUUCCAGGAGAUCCCGAACAAACCAUCUACGUAUGGUUAGACGCUCUUGUGAAUUACCUCACAGUCGUCGGAUACCCAGACAAACACGAUCAGUGGUGGCCCGUCGCCCACCACGUUAUAGGAAAGGACAUCCUGAAGUUCCAUGCCCUCUACUGGCCUGCUUUCCUUCUGGGAGCCGGGCUGCCUCUGCCUCAGGUCAUUCAUGUGCAUUCACACUGGACUGUAGGAGGGAGGAAGAUGUCCAAGAGCUUAGGUAACGUUGUGGACCCUUUUGAGCACUCUCGGAUGUUUACAAAUGAUGGUAUGAGGUACUUCCUUCUACGCCAGGGUGUCCCCGACUCAGACUGCGAUUACACUCAUGACAAAGUUGUCAAACUUCUCAAUGCAGAGCUGGCUGAUUCCUUGGGGGGUCUGUUGAACCGCUGCACAGCUCCGGCUCUUAACCCAGCUCAGGUUUACCCUGCUUUCUGCUCUCAGGCCUUCUGCAGAGCUGUGGCUGAAGAUCAUCACAUGGUGGCGGCAGUAAGAAGUCUACCCACUGUGGUAGAGAAGCACUACGAGAGCAUGCACGUCUAUAAAGCCUUAGAGGCGAUCAGCGCCUGUGUGAGACAGACUAACGGCUUUGUUCAGCGUCAUGCGCCGUGGAAACUGGACAGGAGGUACAGCAAAGAGCAGCGCUGGUUAGACACCAUCGUCCAUGUGGCCCUCGAAUGUCUGAGGAUUUACGGGACUCUCCUCCAGCCGGUGGUGCCUGAAAUUUCAGACAGGCUGCUAACUAGACUCGGUGUGAAGCAGCAUGAAAGAAGCUGGAAAGAUCUGCAUUUUCUGCAGAGAUACGAGGGAACAAAGUGUCCCUUUGAAGGGAGGAUGCUGGGGUCAGACUCAGGGUUGCUUUUUAACAGGUUGGAAAGUCAGAAACAAAAAGCAAAGAAAAGUCACAAAUCUGGACAUUUGAAGUGACUGAUUUCACAUCAGCUGACACCAAAAUUUGGAGAAACUUCAUCUAGGAUUAUUUUAAAUCCAGCUGUUACAGUUGUGAACAGAAAGUUGUGUUCCACUAAAAUAUGAAUUAUAAAGAUGCUUCCCAAGAGCUUAUUUCAAGUAGUUUUGUUUGAUAUUUAUAUUUGGUUAAAAAAAAGUGAGCCUACUGUAUGAAAAGUGCUACAGUAUGCAUUAAACAGCAUGUUGCACAAUCCACUACAGCUUUAUUUUAGCCUUCUACCUUCCACUAAACUUUCCCUAUUAUACCAGAAUAUAGAACUCAAAGAAAGCUUGGCUUCUUUGUAGUUUGAUUGCUGGAUUCGGAAAAAUUUCCAUUAUUGGCCAUAAAAUCUGUAUUAAAUUACUGUAACUGGUGUGAUGUCAUUUUCUGUUAAACAGUCUUUAUUAAUAAAUGCUUAAAUACGUCUCCCUAUAUGUAAUAAAUGCUUACAAGUGUAUUUUUUUAA